AUGGAAGGCGGUGGCGGAGUCGCCAGCGUUGCCUCCCUCACCAUGGACUGCGAGGACAUGUUCAAAGAGAUAACUAAGAAACUGUACGGCGAGGAAGCCACUGUGGGUGUGAGCGUCGGGGUGAAUGUCGGUAGUGUGGUGGGCGUGGAGUUCCCGGCUGCAGAUCGUGACCUGCAAGAUGACGACCUGCGCCCCGAGGAACACAUCACUGCGUGGGGACUUGCUGCCCUUAUGCAGAAUGGCUUUCCGCCGCCCGGCAUACUACAGGCGAAUUUUACGCCACGCACAGACCCUUCUGCGGAAGAUCGCUGGACGGCAGCGGAGGAGCCUCUUGCGUGGGCGCACUCUCGCGUGGCCGCUUACAAUCCGGCGCAGAGGCUGUUCAAGUGCACUGACUGCGAAUGCGUGGGCUUCCUCGCGCGGGUCGCUGAGCACUGGCUCGGCACACACUCGCAAGCGCGAGCCUUCCAGUGCCCGCUGGCCGGCUGCGGGUUCGCGAGCGGCUGGGCGCGCGCCGUACGCCAACAUCUCGCUCGGGAUCAUCACUCGGACCCCGCCGCAGCCGACCAUUUGUUGCGAGAUAAUCCCGCACUUGAUGAUCUCACUCGGUAUCUCCAAAGGCUCAAGAGCAAGGUGGAGGCGGCUCGUACGGAGCGACGGACGGGAACAUCCAACACAAGUAGCGGGACGCCGAAUCAGGCGGUCGACGCUACUGCCGCUGAAUCCAACGUAGUGGGAGGCGAGGCCGGCAAGCGAUACGCUUGCACAGCAUGCCCGUACGCAACCGAUCGACGCGACCUCUUCACCCGUCACGAGAAUAUUCACCGAGAUGAGAAGCCGUUCCAUUGCUAUCUAUGCCAGAAACAAUUCAACCGUGCCGACCACGUAAAGAAACAUUUCUUGCGGAUGCACCGAGACCAACCGUACGAUCUUAAUCGUAUCAGACGGUCGAGUGGAGGCAAGCCGGCCACGAACGCGGGUGGGGCGGUGGGGCCGGUGGGAGCGGUGGGGCCGAGCGGGGCUGGUGCGGUGAGCGUGGCUGCGGGCGGGGCGGCCGCGCUGUUCUGCGCGAAGGCGAGCGAUGCGGCGGGCGCGCUGCUAGCGGCGCCAGCGGCAGCUGCGCUGGAGUGCCGCGCGCCGCCCAUCAAGCUGGAACGCUCGCCGCUCGCCAAGACCGAGUCAGUGGGCUCGCCCGCCACGCAGCACAAGCCUUCCACAUCCUCCCCGGUACGUCGCAAGGGUGAGCGACGCUACGCCUGCUGCUACUGCGCGUGGUCGGGUGUGGACAAUUGGUGCUUGAAGCGGCACCUCAACACGCACUUGAAGCCGUUCGCAUGCGCUCUGUGCGAGUACAAGGCCGCGCGCGCCGAGCGACUCGCCACGCACGUGCACAAAGUGCACAAUAAGAAGGCCUGCGCCAAGUGCCCCUUCCUUGCUGACGACCAACACCAACUCGCGCUGCACCUGCGCGAUGCACACCACAUCGAAAGUCGAAACUUGAAAGUGCCUUCGGGCGUGGGGCGCACGGGAGGAGGAGGAGGUUUCUCGUCCGGAGCAGCGGCGGCGCCGGCUGUAGUACCUGCGGGCGGCGGGCAAGUGGCGGCGGCGGCGGCGGCGGCGGCGAGCGGCGGCGUGACGUCACAGCCCGCCGGCGUGCGGCGUCGCGAGCAGCGUGCCGCCGGAGCCGCGCGACUUUUCGGCUACCUGGAGGCAUCGGACGGGUCGGGCGACGAGUACGAGCCGCCUCCAUUGCCGCCGGAGUACGCGGCGCAGCAGCAGCAGCAGCACGCCACGCCCGCCGUCACGCACGCGCAGCACGCCGCACACGCCGCACACGCCGCGCACGCGAGCCACAUCCCGCACUCGACGCACGCCGCGCACGCCGCGCACGCCACGCCGCACUUCGCGCGCGACAAAGAGAACGCCGCACCGCUGCACCACGCCAUGCAUCACGACCACUGCCUACGUUACUAG